AUGUACAACGUUGCUAACACUCAUCGUGCCAACACGCAGCAGUCCGGAGGGACCCCGGGCCGGGCCUCCCUGUUACAGGAGAUCGAGUAUCUUGAGCGAAGGAAAAGGGAGCUCGAAGGAACCCAGCGGACUGAUAGUCGUCAAGAUGCAGCAAUGCAGGACGGACAUGUUGCUCAUGCAAGCCAGGCUGGGGAUCGGCAGCAUAGUCUGCCUCCCAUCACGGUCUUCAGGCGGAGCAUGUCUACGCUAUCGUCUCUGACCACUUCAGACACCACUAAUGGUCCGAGUCAUCAUUCUGGCCGCUCUCUGACUCCUGAUCACGUUGGUGAUACUGGUGUCCCGGUCGGGCAGGAGCUUGGCAAUGCAAAGCUAAGCAUCAAACACUUUGCCGAAGCCAACCCCCAGUCUAUCUGGUACACGGCCUGCAACAUGGAUAUCCCUGCAAUCGUACUUGGCAAUGUUGAAUAUGAGAUUGGUGAUGUCAUUCUAUACAGGAAUAUAUGGAUGGACAGCACACUCGAGGCGUCCAAGGUCCUUCCCGAGGCCUGGCCAGCCAUUUUGUGUGAUGUCAGCAUGGGUAACCCAUUCUCCGGUGGUUCCAAGAGGGUGCCUUGCCCUGUUCGCAGCCAAGGGAGUAUCACACAUGUGGCCCUGAUGUGGCUAUAUUCAAGAUACGUUAUCGGUGAGACGAUCAGCGGCAACGUUGAGAAUCACAGUCACAUUGAUUAUGUCAACGAGGCGGAAUUUCGCGAGACAUUUCUGGACCCCAAGGUGCCAGAGCGUCAGCAGUUUCUCUCGACGGAGCGGGAGUGGAUGAGUAUUGAUGAUUUAUGUGGCCACCUUGAUCCACGUGACGUAGGCGCGGACUCCAGUUCGCAGAGGCCAAUAUUCGUCAAUUGGAGUGGCCCCGUCGUGGGUCACUCCGAGCAGUGGCGCCGAAAGAACGCGAGGAACGAUGCCCUCUGGCAUACAUAUGCCGUCAAUGAGAAGUCCGGGAUUGAAGCUGGUGAGCUACCUGAAGGAUGGGUCCAUGAGGGAUGA